CAGCAUUUUGCUUUACAUUUACAAUUUAUAGAAUAUUUUCAGAAAAAAUUCAAAGAUUAUAUUAUAUCCCCUUAAUAUAUACAAGUUUUUUAAAUAAAUGUGUAUGUAUUUGCAAACCGUUUUAUUUCUUAAUAGCUUUGGACCACUUAAAUGAGUAAUAAUAGAUAUGUUAGAAGAUGCAAGCAAAAAGCUUUGCAGAACUGUAAUAAGUUUUAUAAAAAAUCUGAUGUUAGUUCACUUUCUUGGAAGGUUGCACAAGACUGUGUAAUAUGUUUGGAUCUAGUAGUUUGCCGUGGUGUUCUAAGUGUUUGUGAUCAUUGGUUUUGCUUUGAAUGUAUAUUUGAGUGGGCAAAGAACACAAACACAUGCCCUCUUUGCAAACUAAGGUUUCGAUGUAUUACAAAGGUAUCACAAGUUCCAGGGGGUUCUUCUAAACAAACAUUUCGAAUAAAAGACAAAAAUCAAUCUAACAUGGCUAUUGCUGAAGAUGAUUAUGAGGUAGCGUUAGGUUUGGUAAAUGAAGAGACUUCAUUUGAUGAAGAUGAUCAUGAUGCAGAUGAAACAUUUUAUCCAUCAUCAGGAGAAGCUAGAUUAAGGAGAGCCUCAUCAAGAAAUACAUUUCAAUUACGUCGAUUUAACCGGAACUCUCAUUUAAGACAGGCUCAUCUUUCCAGUCAAAGCUCUAGUUCUUUGUCUUCUCAAACAUCUCCUGCUUCUACAACAACUCCUAGCAUAUCUGCCGCUAUUAAUAGUCCUCCUAGCUGUGUCACAAAAGUUUCACAAACAAACAGUGUUAUAUACUCUGACACCUCUGAAGAUGAAAUUAGUCAAGUACAGCAAGCUAACCUAAAAAAACGUAAAAAGCGUUCUAGAAUCGUAUAUCGAUCACCUAAACGCAAAAAGAACACCUUUACAUCUGCUAAUAAUGGAGGCUGGAUUGAUAUGAGCUUUAAGUGUACCACUAAGUCUCGCUCUUCAUCUGAAGCUACUUCAGAAGAUUAUUUCAGUAGUUCAUCAGAGUUUGAAAAUAGUAUUGUUGAAAAUUGUUUUUCUGCUAACCAAUCAACUCAAGUAAGUUCAAACGAUGCUAAUAAUAUAGUAAAUGACUCUCCUAUUAUCCGUUCUAAUCGAAUGCGUUCAAGAAAUUUUUAUAGAAUAGAAGAUGAUACUUUUUCCGAAGAAUCUCCUAAAAAUCCACAGACAUUUUUGAAAACGGAAAACUUAGUUGAUAAUACUUUUUUCAUUGAUAGUUUGACAGAAAGUUUCUCUUUCAAUGACGUUUUCAAUGAUUAUAACCACAUGUCACCGUGCAUCCUAUCGCAGCCGAAAAAUCAUCCUAAUAAUUUUGAAAAAGAAAAUUUAGAUGUUACUGAUUGUCUUCAGUCAUCAUCAAUAGUUAUUGAUGCAAAAUCCAGUCUAUCGUGUUCUCCACUAUCAGCUCAUUGCUGCGUCACACCGCUAAGAGAUAUUAACAACAUAGUUCGACCAACUCCGCAAAAAUUAUUCAAGUUCAAAAGCUUAAAGCAAAGAUUAACAUAAAAUUUUAAUAAAGUUUAAUUGUAGGUUAGGAAGAAAAAAGAAAUUUAAUUGUUAUCAAAA